CGGAAGCGCAAGGAUGUUACAGUUGCGAGGGGCGAUGGUGGGUCAGGAGCUGUGGAAGGAAGGGUCGAAGGGAGUGAGGCCCACGGCAGGUUGGAAACUGAGGAACGGGGGGUCGAAGAGAGGUCGGAGGAGGGGAGGGAUGACGGCGGGUCGGGAACAGUGGAAGAGAGGGUCGAAGAGAGUGAGGAAGCAGAAUGCGGACAGUCAUCGAGUUCAUUACGCAGCAGCGAGGAAGCACCAGCAGCCACCAAGCGACGGAGGCUCUCUGAAAUCACUGCCAUGGGCGAUGAACCACUUCAGGCUUGGCUUGAUAGUCUUCCCCGGGAGGACUUGCAGCACAUGGCACUGCUUCUGUAUACAAGGUUUCCCACUAUUUUUGGUCUCAAGAAAACCGACACAGCUACUGCUGUUGGAGAGAUUCUUCACAAGAAUGAACGCACCAUCAGACGUUGGGUUGAUGACUUUGCAUCGAGCAGUGGAGAGUUUUCAGACUCUCAACAAGGCCACUACACUAGAAACAACACGCUCAUAUCGAACGAGGAGAUCAGUGAGAGGGCAAGAGUCUACGUACGGGAAAAUGCUGCUCCAAAAGGUAGACCCAACCUUACAGCCACAGCCUUCUGUCAGUGGGUGAACAACGAACUACUACCAAACUCCACCCUUGAGCCAGGCUACCCCCGCAGGGUGUCUGUGGAAACAGCACGAAAGUGGCUCCAUGAUCUUGGGUUCGAUGUUCUUCACAUGUCAAAGGGUGUGUUCAUUGAUGGACACGAACGCCCUGAUGUCGUGGAGCCCAGGGAGAAAUUUCUGAGAAAAAUGACGGAACAUGGAUUUCUCCGUCCCGACAAUGCCCCCACCGAGGAAGCUGCCCGAGCACUGCCAGCUGAUGUUCCACACAUGUCGAAGGAAGAGGGAGAAAAGCGCAUUGUGUGGUUCCACGACGAGAGUGCCUACAACACAACUGAAGACACACCAAUGCUGUGGGGGGAGAAGGGAAAGCUGCCCAUCAAGCCAAAGGGAAAAGGCUCCUCCAUCAUGGUGUCAGAGUUCAUCGAGGAGAAAGACGGCUACUUGGCACUCUCUGACGAGCAGUAUGAACUAGAGGUGGCAAACAGUGGUGGUGGCAUCGAGAAGUCUGCCCUUGCACUGCUGGAGAUCGGUGAGAACCGUGAGGGGUAUUGGACCAGUCAACGUUUCAUGGAGCAGGUUACCGAGGCUGUGAAAAUCGCUGAAGUC